CCUCAGAAGACGGAGCAAGAUAACAAACCUCAUGUCGUCGAAGAAAACCAGGCAAGGCCACGCUCACAGGAUCCACCGAUUUUGGUAGCAAAGGACGUUUCAUCCAGAUUAAGAAAUAACGACUUGGUACAGGACUCCAAGUUGGACACCACUCUUAUCGAUCAUGAUGGUAACUCUGUUCAACAUACACUGUAUAUAUCGGGCCGGAGGACUCGCCGACGCCCAAGGAAAGUAGAGGAGACAUGGAAGCGACGUGAGAAAAUUGGCAGCGGCACAUUCGGUAAAGUUUGGCUCCAGGAGUGCGUCGACGGUAAAAAUGAAAAUAUUGGCCGAUUUCGUGCGGUGAAGGAGAUAGCCAAGAGAAAGUGCGAGGAUGGAAGCGUCCCAAUCGAAUACAACCGAGAAUUAGAAGCAAUCGCGAAAUUCUCCCAGUCAAAGUAUGUGCACUGCUUCGCCAGGUCGUAUGGUUGGUAUGAGAACAACGAUACUAUCUUCAUUACAAUGGAGUAUUUUGAAAACGGAGAUCUUCAGCGCUAUUUGAAUCGUCUUUUCCCGGAACCUGAGGCUAAGGAGAUAGUAUAUCAAAUUCUUGAAGGCCUACGCUUCAUGCACAAAAGCAAUUUUGCUCAUAGGGAUUUAAAGCCAGCAAAUAUCCUCGUUUCCGAAGCCUCACCAAACUGGUGGGUCAAGAUAAGCGAUUUUGGCAUUUCCAAGAGGGCCGAACAGGAGUCAACGGCAUUCCGUACGUUCGCGGGUACGAGGGGUUACCUUGCCCCGGAGGUUAUGGCUAUCUACCCUCCAGAUGAGAAGUCACACGAUAAAGGUUCCAAAAAGAAGGAGAUAUACACUAACGCUGUCGACUUGUGGGCUCUUGGGGUGAUCAUGUUUCAACUGCUGACGACCCAAGUUAUCAUGAAAGAUCCCCACGAACUCUGGGAAUACGUGAACGGGAAUCAACUAUUCCCAACAGAAAUUCUCGACGAAUAUGAUGUCAGCGGUGCAGCAGAAACUCUCGUUAAACGCCUAUUGGCUCCAUCACCCGGGCGCCGACCCUCCGCUUCCUCGGCCUUGAACCACGAAUGGUUCACGGACUUGGAUGAUUCUUCAGAAUCAAAACUAACCAACGAAGAACUGUGA